AUGGGCGUCAAGAUUGGAGCCUGCAGCCUGUGCCGGGACCUCGUCGACCAGUCGCUCCAGGGCGCCGGCAUCCUCAACUACGACAAGAAGACGGUGCGGGGCAAGACCACCUUCACCAUCAACAUCCCCGGCGGCCCCCAGACGUGGCCCAAGACCUCCCUGCGCACCGCCUGCUGGAACCAGCUCAGCCUCGAAUUCUACUACCACUCGAGCAGCCGCAAGGGCGACACCAUCUGCUGCUCCAACUACUGA